AUGUCUUCGUUUUUAACACCCACCCGAAAACCUAGCGCGGGCGGCCCGGCCAAGUCUCCCUUUGCGCGGCCAAAUGCCGCCCGGGCUCUGAGGGAGCGCGAGGAGCGCCGCCAGAUGCAGGCCGCAGGACAGUCACGCUCAGCGUCUGCGACGGCCAACCGCGGCGGCAGCGUCGCGGCUCCUGCUCGGCAGCAAUGUCCUAACAAAGCUUGUCCAAAGCCCAAUGUCGUCGACGGCACCUGUCAAACCUGCGGUCGUGUCGCUGACGACAGCAACAUUGUGGCCGAGGUCCAGUUUGGCGAAUCCUCGUCGGGUGCGGCAGUCGUCCACGGUUCCUUCAUCGGGGCCGAUCAAGCCGGUGUUCGCAGCAUGGGCCCGGCCUUCCGGAGGGUUGGCGGCACAGAGGAUCGCGAGAAGAGCAUCCGUGAGGCCCGUGGUCUCAUGCAGGGUUACGCUCAGCAGCUCAGUGUGAGCGAGAGCCUGGUGACUGCCGGCACGCAGGUUUUCAAGCUGGCUUCCGGCGCCAACUUCAUCCAGGGACGGACGCUCGCUAGUGUCGCUGCCGUUUGCCUGUAUGCCGCUUGCCGCGCGGAACCGCCCUGCAAAGUAAUGUUGAUUGACCUGGCUGAUCUGGUUCAACUUAACGUGUUCAAACUCGGGCGCAUCUUCAAGAAGCUCAAUGAAGUUGUUCCUAUUGGGAACGACGGGCUCAUUCCGGUGUACCCCGAGGAUCUCAUUUGGCGAUUCGCGACCAAGAUGGAGUUUCACCAAGAGACAGCCAAGGUUGCCGAAGACGCAGUCAGACUGGUCAAGCGAAUGAGCCGCGAUUGGAUGGUCAUGGGUCGACGGCCUUCCGGCAUCUGCGGCGCUUGUUUGCUGAUGGCGGCUCGCAUGCACAACUUCCGACGCACGGUCCGCGAGGUUGUCUACAUUGUCAAGGUCACCAAUCACACCAUUCAGAACAGACUCCAAGAGUUCAACAUCACCGAGUCGAGUCAGAUGUCGGUAGAGGACUUCCUGAAGCAAGAUUUCCUAGAAAGCUCCCAUGAUCCUCCGUCCUUUUAUCGGAAGUCGGAUGAAUAUAGGAAGGUGAUAGAGGACAAGUCACGAAAGAGAAAACGAAGUGCUACUGAAAACGGCGAAAAUGGCGACAUUACCUCGGUGGUCGAAACGGCUUUUCGUCAGCGAAGAAUGACGGAAGGGGGCGCCGAUUUGUCAAAAGCGCCCGCCAUCAAAUUUCGUCGGGACACUGAAGGAUUCAUCAUUCCACCACUGCCCUCUCAGAUCCCCAAAGACAUGCCAAGUAUCCGCGUCAACGACGAGAGCGUGGCGGAAGGCGAAGCAUCGGAGAGUCUGGAAAACCUGGUCAACGAAUUCGGCGACGCGAUUGACGAGGAGCUGGACCAGGAAGAAGGGGAGGGCGAGCAGUCUUCCAACAAGGGUAAACGCCGCGCCAAGCCACCACAACUUCCCAUCGACGAGAACUGGGAGGAAGACGAACGAGAACUCGAAGGCCAAAUCGAAGAAAUGUUCAACGAUCCGCUGACCUAUGAGCACGCACUUGCGUAUGCCAACGCCGAACAGCGCGCCAGGAUCCACUCCGACUGGGCCCUCCAGCAACGGCCGUCCAAAGCCAUAUCCAUGGCGGAGGAGGUGACAGAGGACGAGUUUGCCGACGAUCCAGAGGUGCAGAAUUGUCUGCUGUCGCCCGAUGAGGCCCGUAUCAAAGAGCUCAUCUGGGUCAACCAAAACAAGGACUGGCUGCGACAGCACCAGGAGAAGCUGUUUCGAAAAAAGGUCGAGGCAGAGAGGCCAAAGCAGACACGCCGACGCCGGAAGCGCGCCAAGAUGGGCGAAGGCCAGACCAGCCCGGCGAGUUCUGCGGCCGAGGCAGCCAUCAAUGUUGUCAAGGACAGGGCCUGGUCGAAGCGAAUCAAUUACGACGCCAUCCGCAGCAUCUUUGACAUUCCCAAUGCGGGUGGUCUCGGCUCGGCAGCGACGAGUCGCAAAACCAGCGUGGCUGGCAGCACGCUGGGGGGCGAUGAUGCCAAUGAAGAGCCAGAGGAGAGUGUUGCCGGCGACGACGAGGCCCAGGAGGAAGAAUACGAAGAGCGGGAGGACUAUGGCGACGGCGACGGCGACGGCGGCGAAUUUGAGGGUGGAUAUGACGAUGAUGCCGAUAUGGAUGCAGCAUAUGGCCUGGAGGAUGACGAGUAA